GGCGGCAGCGCGGCUGGACGGGUCGCGCCGCCAUGGGGAGCCAGUGCUGUAAGGCGGACAAGCACGCCGGCGCCGCCUCCUCGCAGGCGUCCAUAGGGACGCGCGGGGACGAGGAGGUGCCGAGCGGCGGCCGGUUCCGCGUGUCGGAGAACAACAACACGGUGCUGCUGUCGGUGGAGGGCGUGUCGGCGGCGGACGCCGGCCGCUACUCGCUGCUGGCCAAGAACGCGGCCGGCGAGGCGCGCGCGGCGCUGGAGCUGCGCGUGGGCCGCGACGCCCCCUGCUUCCUGCGCCGCCUCUCCGACCUGGCCGUCAAGGUCGGCACGCGCACGCGCUUCCUCGUCGAGCUCAAGGCGCCGCACGACGUCAAGGUGACAUGGCUGCACGAGGACCGGCCGCUGCCGCAGGACGACCGCUUCCAGCUGGUGCGCGAGGGCGGCUUCUUCUGCGUGGACGUGGCGCCCGUCACCGUGCACGACUCUGGCCGCUGGACGUGCCUCGCGGAGAACGCCGUCGGCCGCUCCUGCUGCUCCUGCACGCUCAACGUGCUCGUUCCCAAGGCGUACAAGCCGCCGGAGUUCGUGGAGCCUCUGCGGGCGCUGCUGUCGGCGGCGGGCACGGUGUCCCUGGAGUGCAAGGUGGUGGGCGUGCCGACGCCGGCGCUGCGCUGGCUCAAGGACGGCAAGGAGAUCCGCGCCGGGGACGUGCUGGCGCUCACCGCAGACCCCGCGUCGCUCGGCACCUACACCUGCGAGGCCAGCAACUGCAUGGGCCGCGCCACCUCCUCCUCGCGCGUCAUCGUCGAAGGCGCCGCCGCCGACAGCUUUCGCGCAGCUGGGCCGCCUCCUGUGUUCGUCAAAGAACUGCAGCCCGCCAAAUGUCGCAUUGGAGAUCCUUUGACGCUUUCCUGCCAAGUGGCGGUGCCGCCGUGGCCGCGGGCCGUCUCGUGGUACAACAGCGCGGGCCGCGUGGAGCCGGGCGAGCGCUACCUGGUGCGCGAGGACGGGCUGGGCGGCUUCUCUGUGCACGUGGUGGCCGUCGAGGCGGCCGACGACGGCGACUGGAAGUGCGUCGCCACCAGCGACCUGGGCGCCGCCGCCUUCUCCAGGGCCGCCGUCGCCGUCCACUACCCGAAGAACUACCGGAAGCCGCGGUUCCUGGAGAGCCUGAAGGCGGUGCUGACAGAGGAGGGCCUGGUGUCGUUCGAGUGCAAGGUGGUGGGCUUCCCCACGCCGCAGCUGCGCUGGUUCAAGGACGGCCAGGAGCUGCGGCCGGGCGACGUCUACCAGCUCACCGGCACCAACUCGCUAGGCUCCUACUCGUGCAUCGCGCGCAACUGCAUGGGCGAGGCGACGAGCACGGCCGAGCUGACGGUGGAGGACAUCCAGAGCCAGCUCAGCGACGAGGAGCGGCUGGCGCUGCUGUCGCACAACCAGGCGCCGCGCUUCAUCCGCGGCCUCAAGAGCUGCGAGGCGCGCAUCGACGAGCCCUUCCGCUUCGCCGUCCAAGUCACUGUAUCUCCGGAGCCAGUGGUCACGUGGUACCGCGACGACGACCUGGUGGCGGAUUCCGACCGAUACGAGAUCAUCACAGAGACGCUGGGCACCGUCAACCUCGAUGUCAAGCGACUCGAGAUCGUCGACCAGGCUGAGUGGAAGUGCGUCGCAUCGAACGACUUCGGGCACAGCGUAACGUCCUGUUUCCUGAAGCUGGUAAUUCCGAAACACUACAAGAAGCCGCGCUUCCUCGAAUGUCUGAGGGCCAUAUUAUCCGAAGAGGGCGCCGUCAAUCUGGAAUGCAAGGUGAUCGGGGUGCCGCAGCCGGUGCUGAAGUGGUACAAGGACGGCGCCGAGCUGAAGCCGGGGGACAUCCACCGCAUCAUCUCGGGCCAGGACGGGACCUGCUGCCUGGGCACCUACACCUGCGAGGCGCACAACUGCAUGGGCACCGUCGCCUCCUCCGCCUCCCUGCUCGGCUUCGAGGAGCGCGUGAUGAAGGCGGAGGCGCCGGCUAUGGCUGUGGCGGCGGGGGCGGCGGCGGGGGCGGCGCACCCGCUGGCGCGCAACACGUCGCUGUCGACCAUCCAGGAGGAGCGCACGUCGCAGCUGUGCGACGUGCUCAGCGAGCGGCCCGACCUCAGCUUCUCGUUCGACGGCCGCGAGGUGUCCGUCUCGCUGUACGAGACGCCAGACCUCACGGAGGAGCAGGCGCUCGCCGUCGUCGAGAUGUACGCCGAGCAGCUGUCCGAGCACGUCUCCGAGCACAACGUGGUGGACCUGCCGCCGAUGCGGUUCACGAAGGAGUCGUCGCAGUCUGGCAACCUGCUGAUGGAGGCGGUGGUGAUCGACGUGUCGGGGGAGUACUUCACGACGGCCGACGAGGACCUGCGCACGGACGCCGACCUCGAGGACCUGUCCAUCACCGACGACAACGGCCAGCAGCCUCAGCUGCCCCGGGACGACGACACGGCCGCCGAGGCGUCGCCGCCCGUCAGACCUCCCAGGGCGAACAAGCACCAGUCGAGCGCCGACAACACGUUCCACAGCCUGUCGGACGACACCCGCUACGACUCGCCCGCGAGCGGCGGCGUCUCGCCCCCGGCAGCAGCCGCGGGGAAGCCAGCGGCGGAGGCGGCGCCGGCCACGCCCACCGAGGAGCGCGCCACCCAGGCGGGCGUGGUGCGGCCCAAGCGGCGCUCCGUCGAGAGCGGCCAGGGCGAGUCCUUCGAGAACCUGUCGUCCGCCAGCGAGGCGUCCGUGGCGCGGCCCGGACAGAUCCUGCGCAAGGGCACGCUGCGCAAGCGCAGCCGCUCCAUCGACACCGCCGCCUCCGCCGAGGACGUGUCUGGCGGAGAGACGCCGCUGCCGCGCCGGCGGCAGCUGUCGCUGGACAUGGAGGCGCCCAAGGACGACUCGUACUCGGAGGAGGGCGACGGGCUGAAGACGCGGCUGCUGCGCGACGCGGCGGGCCGCCGCUCCGCCAAGACGCCGUCCGUGGAGUCGGUGCGCGAGGAGGAGCCGCUCAUCCCCACGACCAUCGUGACCGAGGUCGAGAGCCGCCAGCAGCAGCAGCAGCAGCAGCAGCAGCAGCGCGCCCUCGACAUCGACCUGCCCACGCUGCACGCGCCGCCCCCGCCACCCACGCCAGUCACGCCCGCAGAGGGCGCGCCGCCCCCGGCCGCCGUCUCCGACCCGGUCGUCAUGGAGCAGCUCACCAGGUCACUGCAGGAGAUCCAGCGUGGCCUGGCCGCAGUGGAGGAGCAGGUGCGGUCCGAGUCGGCGUCGGAGCCGCAGCUGGCGCGCACCAGCCUGUCAGUGCUGGAGACGCUGUCGCAGCCGGUGGAGCAGCUGCGGCGCGGCCUGGAGCAGCCGGAGCAGCUGGCGGUGGAGCAGCUGGCGCAGCCGGUGCAGGAGCUGCGCCGCGGCCUGCAGCUGGUGGAGCAGCAGCGCGCCGUCAUGGCCGAGGAGGACGACCACUCGCUGCUCGAGCGCACCAGCGCCUCCAUCCUGGAGACGGUCGCGCAGCCCGUCAGGCAGCUCAGCCAGCUGCUCCAGCAACAGUCGGCAGAGCCGGCGCCUGGCGCCGCCGUGUCGGAUCGCCGCCUCUCGCAGGUGUCGGAGCAGCUGCAGCUGCAGCAGCAACAGCAGCAGGAGGCGGAGCCGUCGGUUGUGCUGCACGGCAUCGCCCGCCCUGUGCUGGAACUGCAGCGCGGCCUCACCUUCCUGCAGCAGCAGGCCGUGCUGGAGGCUAGUGGUGACACUCGGCUGUUCGAGAACGCCGGCCGGUCCAUCCUGUCGACGCUGGAGAGACCGUUCCAGGACCUGCAGCGGGGCAUCGCGGCGCUGGAAGAGCAGGUGGGCGGCGAGGGCCCGUCCUCCGGCGUGCUGGGCGCGUCCAUCCUGGAGGCGGUGCUGUCGCCGCUGCGCGAGCUGCAGAGCGGCAUCGCGCAGGUGCAGCGGCAGGCCGCCACCGAGGCCGAGGAGGACGGCUUCGAGCCCGACGUCAAGCGCUACGCCGUGCUCAAGACGCUGUCGGGGCCGGUGGCCGAGCUGCAGCGCGCCGUCGUCGAGAUCGGCGAGCGCUUCAGCGUGGAGGCGGCGGUGGCCGGGGGCGGCCUGACGCGCCGCGCCGUCUCCGUGUCCAAGCUGGCCGUGCUGCGCGGCAAGACCGUCUCGGAGACCGAGGGCCUCGCCGUGCUGGGCAACCUGGCGCCGCCGCUCGUCAAGCUGCAGAAGGAGGUCAUCCGGGCGCAGAACGAGCUGCGGGCGCGGCCGCCGGAGGGCGGGGACGGCAGCGGGGGCGGAGCGGAGGGCGCCGCCGAGCAGGCGGCCGCGUGGGGCGCCGUCGCCGUCAGGGCGCUGGCCAAGCCGCUGGCCGACUUCCGGAGGGGCCUGCUGGCGGUCGAGCGGCAGCUGGCGGCCGAGUCGGAGGAGGAGCCCAUCCGCGAGGGCCAGAUCGCCGCGGCGCUGCGGGCGCUGGCCGACCCCGUCGCCGACCUCAUGAGGGGCAUCGACGGGCUGCAGAAGGCCGAGGUGGGCCAGCCCAACCAGGAACUGAUCCAGCCGUUCCAGGAGCUGCAGAGGGGCCUCACUCAGGUGCAACAGGUCGUGUUCGAAACGUCUCCCGAGCUCAUACCGGCCUCCGGUGUCGUCAAGAAACUGACACUGUCGUUACAGGAGGUGACUAAAAAACUAACUGACGUAGACGCUGCAGUUGUAGGAUCAUUCACGCCUGAAACAGAACCGGCGUCCAAAUUAACAGGCCUGGCUCAGCCGAUGAAGCAAUUAAAGAAGGGUCUGGUUCAGAUAGCCCAAGCGACUAGCUUCUCUGCAGAAGACAUCCCUGCCAUUGCUACUCUCGUACAACCGCUGGUUCAACUGCAGAAGGGUCUCGAGAAGAUGGAGAGGCAAUUGACUGCUGCUGCUCAGUCUGUCGACCCCACACCCGAAAAGAAACUCACCGCUAUAAUAGAGCCCAUUAAGGAAAUGCAGAAAGGAAUCAGAGCUAUUAAACGACAAGCUAUCCUCGAACCCCAGUCUACAAAUAUGGAAUGUCUCGAAAGCCUCGUCCAGCCCUUCGAAAAUCUGAAGAGGCAACUGGAGGAAAUAGAAAGAAAGAGACCUGAGUCACCUGGUAUAAGAUUGCUGGACGAGGUGGUAAGCGCAGCAGAGGCGCUGCACGCCGGAAUAGAGUCUAUAGAGAAACACGCUGCUCUCCUAGAUGCUCGAGACAAGAGCAAGCUGGAGGUCCUGAGUACCCUUCAGGAGCCACUAACGGAGUUGCGUACGCAGUUGUCUGAAGUGGAACGCUGUAGUCUGGAAGGCUCUGGCAAAGACACUGUUACAGAAAUUAUAACAAUUUCAGCUUUGAAGAAGCUUGCGGAACCACUGAAAGAAAUGACGAAAGCGAUAGAAAACAUUGAUCAGCGGCUUCAUUAUGGAACAGAAGACGUUACUGAGAAAAUGGACUUACCAGACAUUAAAAACUUGGCGAGUCCAAUCAGGGAAUUACAACGAAGCCUUUCUGCUGUUCAGCAGCAAGCCAUAUUAGAAUCUGGCGUAGCGCAGGAUCUGACAGGACCGUCCAUCCUAGAGAGUCUGUUUCAGCCACUGCAAAAACUUCAGAAGAGCUUGGUGACUGUCCAAGCUCGAACACAAGAGACUACCCAGCUGAAAAAGUCGAGCUCUGCCGUCAUUCUGGAACUAGCACAAUCUGUAGAAUCGCUGAAGACUGAAAUAGAUACUCUGCAGAAGGUGAAAGUGACAAAAGUGAAGCCUGAAGUGCAGACCGGGACUGUAACAGUCCUAGAAGCACUAAAAAAACCUCUGGAGGAAAUGCACAAAUCUGUAGCGACCAUUGAGGAGCAGAUUGUAAAAGAAGCAGAGGCUAGGGGAAUACAGUCUGAAGUGGCAGAUCUGUCCGUAUUGGAAGGAUUUAUCGAACCGAUAAGGGCUCUAGAAGCAGAGUUGAAAUCUAUUGAUAAGGCCGCAUUAGAGGAAAAGUCCGCUGCCAUCUCAGUGCUUGAGAAGUUGUCAGCUCCAGUGCAGGAGUUGCGGCGGACUUUCGAGGCAGCGGAGCAACUGGCGACUCAGGAGGCGGAACCAGUGUACGGCAAGGCGUGCAUUUCUGCACUGCAGAUACUUUCAGAGCCCAUUCGCAGCUUCGAGCAGUCUCUUGCCGCCGUGGAAGAGCACCGGGAAGCGGCGGCGAGGACCACGCAGGUCAAGGAGCGCGUGAAGGUCAUCUCCGACGUAGCCAAACAAGUGCGGCGUGUGCACCACGGCGCGGAGGCACUCGAAAAGUGCGCGUCGGCGGAACCCAAAACGAAACUGAGGCGCAAGUCGGGCCUGGCUGCGCUGGGCACGCUCUGCGCACCACUCGAAGAAAUUCUGACCGAACUUCAGUCAGCCGAGGCCAAGAUAACUUCGCCUAAGGAGACAGUGUCCGAAGAGGCCGCCGUCCAGUCGCUGGAGAGCUUAUCGCAGCCACUUGAGGCCUUCGAGAGCGCCGUCCAAACUGUGCAGCGGCUCAUCUCCGAUCCAAACAGUGCAGAAGCUGAGCGGAGUGCAGCACUAACCGCUCUCGCGAGUGCUGUCAGUGAACUGCGGCAGGGCGUAGCCAAAGUUUACCAGCAGGCUGUGCUCGAAUCGGGGGUCGGACCCGGAAUGGACAAGUCCUCCGUCCUCGCGCCUCUAACGGCACCUCUGCACCGUCUUCAGAAGGCGCUCGCAGCGGUAGAAGAGCGAAAGAUGCUGCGAGCCGUCAAGAUCGAGCCGAGCGUCCAUAAAGCCAGCAUUCUAGUCCUGGAAAGCAUUUGCCAUGCUGCUGAAGACCUCGCUCGAGCAGCCGACGUCCGAGAGGAGGCUAAAGCCACUGCACUUGCAGUACUGGCUGAGCCACUGCUGAAGCUCAAAUCCAGUGCCGAGCAGGCAGAACAGCGGCUCGUAGAGUCCAGUGUAAAGGAGCUCCCACAUCGGGCGACAGUCGACAUACUACAAGGUGUAGCGCAGCCGCUGGAAACACUGGCUUUGGCCGUAGAGCAGGAGCAGCCGCUGGAAGAAGUGGCGGCAUCUCUGGAAAAAGUACAGCACGGAAUAGCGACACUACAGCGUCAGUCCUCUGAAGAGGGCACAGCACCGGAGAAACGUAUUCUGGCAGAAAUGGCAGGACCGUUGAGAGAGCUUCAGCAGAAAUUAGUGGUCCUGUCUGAGGAAGUAGCCAAGAAGGUUACGGUCAAAGAGGUACCGGUGCCAGAGACGCUCAAGGCCGUGCGUUCGCGUGUAGACGAAAUAAAGAAGGACAUCGCUCUUAUAGAGAGAACGGGCGAAGAAAUGACGGAAGCAGCUGCCAAGGAAACCUUAAAUCAGGUGAAAGAGAACCUCGCACAGAUACAUGAGCAAGUCCUGCAAGAAGCAGAGGAGGAGAAGCUUGGUUCGGCUCCUGCUGGCACGUCAGUACUGGAAGCGUUGGCGACACCAGUGGAGGAACUGCAGAAAGGUGUAGCUAUAAUCGAGGAGCAGAAGAUGCUGGAGACAGAUAUCGAAGCGAAAGUAGCUGCCAUUCUCCAAACUCUUGCCGGGCCGGCGCAAGAGUUACAGCGAAGUUUGGAGCGAAUAGAGCACCAGGUUGAGGCCCGAAGUGCCACCACUGAAGCGCUUCCGUCGUCCCAGCAGGCAGCGGUGUCUGAAGUAGAUCGAGAAGGAGCGAGUGCCGUUCUCGCCACAGCUGAGUCGAAGAUUACGGGAGCCUGGGAAGAAGCCCAAACGACGUCUCCACUGGCGCCGUCGGCAGUGGCCGUCGAGUCCCGCGAGCAACAGUUAGAGAAGGCGUCCGUUACAGCGGUGCAGGCGCUGAGCGAACCCCUCCAGCAGAUCCGCCAGGCUCUGGCGCAGGUGGAGGAACGGGCCGAGGAAGUGAGUGGCGAGUCGCGAGCGGUGCUCGCCGCGCUGGCGCGUCAGGUGUCUGAGCUGGAGAAGGGCGUCGCCGCCGUGGAGCAGCAGGUGGUGCUGGAGACGACGGCGCACGACGAGCAGGCGCAGCUGCGGCUGGAGGUCCAGAAGAGCGUCGCCGCCCUCGAGCAGAGCGUCGUCCUGCUGGAGAGCGUCGGAGAGCCAGAGGCCGUCAGGAAGAGGAGCCUCGAGUCGCUCAAGGCCGUCGUCACGCCGGUGGACGAGCUGCAGCGCAGCCUCACCCAGAUACAAGAGGAGAUGCAGGUGAAGCACGCACAGCAGGUGGAGUCCGCCGGCGCCGGCCUGGAGAUAGUGGAGUCGAUGGCGGAGCCUCUGGCGCAGCUGCAGCGCAACCUGGCGGCCCUGGAACAGCGGGUCGUGGCGCAGGUGGUCGACCACGAGGAGCAGCGGUCGCUGCUGCAGGAGGUGGCGCAGCCGCUGCACGACCUGCAGGCUGCACUCGUCAGGAUAGAGCAGAAGGCCGGUACCACAGACCACGGCAAGGGGUCCUCGUCCAGUGUGGGAGGGCGUGGCGUGCGCUGCAAGUCUGAGGCGCAGCUGCUUUCGGUGGUGCAGCGCGGCAUCACGCUGGUCGAGCAGCAGGUGAUCCUGGAGGCGAUGGGCGAGCCGCUGUCGCCCUCCGCCUGCGUCUCCGUGCUCGCCAAACUCGCCGAGCCGCUCACCGAGCUCCACAGGGGCGUCGCGCUCGUCCAGCAGCAGGUUGUGCUCGGAGAGCGAGCAGAGGCCCUAUCUCAGAAACCGGCAGCGGUGGCAGUGCUGGCCCGGCCACUGGAGGAGGUGAGCCGCGGCCUAGCGCAGGCCGAGCUCCAGCACCUGUUGGAGGCUCCAGAGGCGACACUGUCCAGCGCCAGCGACGUGGUCUCGCUGCUCCAGACGUUCGCAGAGCCGCUGCGCGAGCUGGAGAGGAACGUGGCGCAAGUCCAGCAGCAGGUGGCGCUGGAGGCUAAGGGAGACUCGCUGGCAGACAGGACCUCAGCAUCCGUGCUGGAGACGCUGGCCCAGCCCUUGCGAGAGGUGCAGCGCGGCAUAGCGACGGUGGAGCAGCAGGCGGCGCUGGAGGCCGCCGGACGAGUGUCUGCGGCCGAGGGCCUUUCACUGCUGAAGGAGGUGGCGCAGCCUCUGAGGGAGCUGCAACUCGCUGUGGCGACGGUGCAGCAGCAGGUCCUGAUGGAGGCCAAGGACGUUUCCAUCUCAGACGCGACCGACAUGUCCGACCUAAAGACUGAGGUGGUGUCGACAGAAGAGCCUCUCAGGCAGGUAGCUUCCAAGCAGCAGGCAGACGUUCUGGAGGCGAGGGACGCGUCACUGUCCGAAAACGAGGGUGUGUCAGCGCUGAAGACGUUAGCAACUCCAGCUGAAGAAAAGAGACUAGCAUUGGCAACAACGGAUCAGCAGAUAGUCAUGGAAGGGAAAGAGGUUUCUCUCUCUGGAAAGGAAGACAUUUCUGCCCUCAAGGCUCAAGCGACACUCCUCAAAGAAACACACACGGCUGCAGUGGCUGUCGAACAACAGACUGCAUUAGAAGCGAAAGGCACCUCACUUUCAGGAACUGCUGAUGUCGCCAAGCUAAAGGAGACGGCUAAAUCUGCCGAAGAACCUCUGAAAGCCGUUGCCAUAGUACAGGAACACGUUAUCUUGGAAGCAAAAGACGAAUCUAUCUCUGAUGGCACAAAUGUCUCGCAGAUGGAAACCUUGGCUUCUGUGUCCGAUGAACCCAUCCGCCAUGUCGCUGGAGUGCUGCAGCAAACUGCUUUAGAAGCGAGGGACGCGUCUAUUGCUGAGCAGCUCGGUGCAUCAGAACUGAAAACCGCGGCUGUUUCCACAGAAGAGCAGCCAAAAGGUAUAGCAACCACUCGAGAGGAAAUAAUCUUAGAAGGGAGAGAGCAGUCACUGUCUGAUCAGGAGAGUGUUUCACAACUGCGAACAGAGGCGUUGGAAUUGUCAGAAGCUCAAAAGGGAAUUGCGGUAGCUGAACAGCAAGUGGCACUCGAAGCCAGAGAGCAGUCUCUUUCUGACAAAGAGAGCGUGUCUCGUUUGAAAGAAGUGGCUGCGCCCGGCGUAGAGCUACGGGAAGGCGCCGUCUCGUCCGAGCAGCCAGUGGCUCUAGAGACAGCAGGACACAUUACGUCAGAAGCAGAGAGUCUCUCGCAGCUGAAAACAGUGGCGAAGUCAGCUCACGAAGUGCAUCACGGAAUCGCAACUACAGACGAACCGACUGUGCUCGAGGCUGCCGGCCAAAGUAUUUCUGAGGAAAGUGGCAUAUCUAAGCUUAAAACGGCCGCAAGUCCUACAACAGAAGCUCAGAAAAUGUUAGCUACAGCACAGCAAGAGACGGUUCUCGAGGCGAGGGACGAGUCGUUUUCCGAAGCUGGAGGUCUAUCUGAGCUGAAAAAGCAAGCUGAAUCUGCCCAGGAAUCGCUGAAACAGGCUGCUGUAGCUACUCAACACGAUGUAAUGGAAACCUUUAAAGAGUCGGCAGUGGGGGAAAGAACGGAGGCUGAACCGGAGACCUUCGCAGUGGCCUCUCAAGAGCCGACGAGAGCCACCGCUGUAGCAGAACAGCAGCUAGUCCUGGAACAGAGAGAAGCAUCACUGUCGGAAGGGCCGAGCAUGAGCCAGCUGAAGACGACUGCCGAGUCACUAAAGGAAGAGCUCAAGGCGGUGGCCGUUGCAGAGCAGCAGGUCAUUCUCGAAGGUAGGGACACGUCGCUGGCAGAUGAGGCCAGCCUGUCGAAGCUCGAGACCCUGGCGAUGCCGGCGUCGGAGCUGGCGAAAGAGACGGCAGUUGCGGAACAGCAGGUGGUGCUAGAGGGCGGGGAAGUGGCCAUGGCCGAGGAGGCGAGCGCGUCCCAGCUGCAGACGCUGGCUCGUCCAGCGGAGGAGCUGCACCGCGCGCUUGCUGCUGUCGUGCUCCAGACGACGCUGGAGGAGGCCGGAGAGGCAGUCCCUGCGGCGCCGCUGCUGGAGGCUCUGGCACAGCCGCUGCGCGAACUCAGGCUGGGGCUGGCCGUCGUCGAGCAGCAGCUCCCGCUGGAGCAGGCGGUCCACCGGCCGGAACCGACACCAGCUGACGCCUUAUUUGCGGUUGCGCGCCCGGUGCACGAUCUGCUGGAGGCGGUGGCGGCGGCAGAGCAGGUGGUGCUGGAAGGCGCUGGCGGCGGCAGUCCUGUGGAGGCGGCGGAGGCGCUGCACGCGCUGGCCGCGCCGGUGCAGCAGCUGCAGCGCGCGCUGGCGGCGGCGGAGGCAGUGGCGCAGGGCGGCCCGCCUCUGGAGGCGGCGCAGCAGCUGCCGCCGCAGCGGCUGGAGGCGCCGCAGCUGGCGCGCGUGCUGACGCAGCUGCAGCGCGACCUGGCCGUCGUCUGCCGCCACGACCACGACCUGCUCGAGACCGCCGCCUCCGACGACGACGACGCCACGCUGCGCACCGCCGACCUGCCCACGCUCGCCUCUUCCGGGGAAGCCUCCGGCGCUAUCGCCGUGGCCGACAGGCUGUCCGUGGCGGAGCUGGAGGCGCGCGCGCAGGAGCUGACGGAGCAGCGGCCGCGGGCCACGGUCACCGAGCACCGCGUCGCCCUCGCAGAGCCGCCGGAGGGGCAGCGGGAAGGCGCCGAAAGCCAGCAGACUGAAACGGGGAGAGUUGGGGGCGAAGAGCAGGUGGACAUUACGCAGAAGGCGGAGGACGAACGAGGUCUAUCAGCCACUGAGUCCUCAACACAGGAAGAAAUUAGAAAAGAAGAGCUUACUGAGGAAGUAAGACGUAAAGAGCUGACUGCAGAAAAAGUUGACAAGGAAUCUGAGAAGGCACUGCUGAAGGAUGAUGCAGCUAAGCAAGAAGAAAAGCCAAAAGUUGUCGCGGAAAAAGCAGGAAAGGAAACAGAAGAAGAUAAAAGUAAAAUUGACGAAACGAAAGACGAAACAGUGCUGAAAUCUAAGAUCAAAACAAAAACUGAAAUAGAGACUGAAACUGAAAUAGAAAAAUUGCAAUCGGAGAAAGAAGGAAAGAAAAUACAAGAACAAGAUCUGAAGAAUAAAGAAAAGAAAACAAAGGGAGAUAAAACUGAAGUUGAGGCAAAAAAAGCUGACGAAGGUAUGGCUGCAGGAAGAACAGAACAAGAAAUUAAGCCUAGAGAACAAGUGACAGAAGCGAAGGAUACAACAGAUGUGGAAGUAGAAGAACUGAAAGGUGACAAAACUAAAGAAAAAGCAAUACAACAGACUACUACUAAGGGAACAAUUGAUGAUCGCGAACUGUCCGAGCAAGUGAAAGACACAGAUAGAAGACAGGACAAAGUCGAAUUUCAGUCAGAGACAUUGCCUGUAAAAGAAGUUGAUGACAAGGAUAAACAAAAAGGGGAUUUGGAAACACCGGAGAAAUCUACCGAAAGAAUGGAUGAAAAUAAAGCAAAAGAAAUUGAUAUAAAGGCGGAAGUGCAACUAAGAGGAAAGGAAGAAAAGAAACCAUUGGAUGAUAUUACAGAAAAAAGAAAAAUUUCUGAAACGUCUGAUGAUACUGGAAAGGAAGAGCUCAAGAGGAAGUCUAGUCCAAAGGGUAAGAAACCGUCACCUAAGAAGAAAGCAGAAGAAUUAAAAACUGAAGUCGGCGGAGAAAUGAAAACAGCGGAGGAGCCAGCUCCUGCAAAUAAAGAAGCUUUGGAGGAUAAAGCCAAAGAAGAACAGAUAAAACCAUUAUGCGACGAGGAAAUGAGAAAGGAGGAAGAACAAAAGAAAAGCGCAUCAAAGUCUGAUAAAUCUGAUGCUAAAACAGAAGACCUGGAGAAGAAGGAAGCCCCAAUGCUUAAGAAACUGUCGCCUAAGAAGAAACAACAAGAAGAAAGUAAAACUAAAGUUGAAACACCGAAGAAAACCGUUGAGGAAUCAGAUGAUAAAGAUAAACGAGGAUUCGAGCAAAAAUUGAAAGAUGAACGUGGAAAGCCGUUAGCUGAUAUUGAAGAAUAUAAGAAAGAGGAAGAUACUAAAAAAAGUGAGCCAACAUCUGAAAGAAAUGAGGAGGCUAAAGCAGAGGAACUCAGAAAGGACACUCCAAGGCUGAAGAAACUCUCACCUAAGAAGAAAAAAGAAGAAGAUAAGAGCGUGCCUAAAGAUGAGGAAAAACAGAAAACUGCAGAAGAUUCUGAUCUUAAGAAUAAAGCAGAGUUAGACCAGAUAUCAGAGGUAACAAAAUCUCUUGACGAUAUUGCAGAAAAGCAAAAAGAAGAAGACAAGAAGAAAAGUGAUCUCAAACCUGAAAAGGCUCAGGAAGACGCAACAGAAGAAAUCAAGAGGAAGGAAAGUCCAAGACAUAAGAAGUUGUCACCAAAAAAGAAAAAAGAAGGAGAGAAAAGUAUCUCUAAAGAUGAGGAAGAACGGAAAACUACAGAACAAGCUGACGUGAUAAACAGAGGGGAGGUUGAUGAGAAAUCGAAGGAAAUAAUUAAAUCUCUUGAUGAUAGCGCAGAAAAGCAGAAAGAAGAAGAGAAGAAGAAAAGCGAUGUGAAAUCAGAAAAGGAUCAGGAAGCUUCAACAGAAGAACUCAAGAGGAAGGAAAGCCCAAGACUUAAGAAGCUAUCACCAAAAAAGAAAAAAGAAGAAGAGAAAAGUAAAGCAAAGGAAGAAGAAAAUCUCAAGGAAAGUAAAAUAGACAAGAAACUAGAAGACCAGAAAGAGAUACAAGAUACAAAAAGUGAAACGGUUAAGAGAGCAGAAGAUGCAGAAGUAAUUGCGAAAAAGAAAGAAGAUACUAAAGAUGGAAAAACACAGAAAGAUGAUAAAGUAGAAGAGAAGAGACAUACAGAAGUUGUAACUACGGACAUAAGCGUUGAGCAGCAGAAAAAGGAGGAAACCGAACAGGUGCAAUCGAAACAUCGUGAUGAACAAGCAAAGAAAACCGACGAACAGGAAGGUGAAAAAGUUUAUCGUAAGGAAGUCUCAGAAAGUAAAAAACAAGAGCAAGACUUGAAGAAAGAAGUUCCAGGUGAAGCAACAAUAGAAGAAGUGCAAUCAAGUCAAACAGAGAUACCGAAACAAGCAGCAGAGAAACUGAAGGACGAUGGCAAACAGAAACAAGAUGAAAAAGAAAUUGACGAAGUUGGUAAUCGGAAGGGCACUAAAAAAGACGAAGCAAAAUCAAAGAAGAGAAAAGAGUCCCUGUCAGAAACAGUAGUGAAGAAAGAAAAAGAAAAGACUGAAGAUAAAUUAGAAGACCAUAAGGCAGUAAUUACAAAAGAUGGAGAAGUAAUGGAAGAACAUGCAGAUGUAAAGCUCAAGGAAAAGAAAGAAGUAGAAGAUGAGGCGCAGAAGUUGAAAAAAGAAGAAACUGACAAACUCAAAGGCAAGGAUUCUAAGGUGAAGUCAAAGGAGAAGGAAAAUGACCUAAAGAAGGAAAAAGAAGAAGAGAAGAAAGAGCAAACAACCGAACCUGACAAGCAUGAAGAUUCAAUUACAAUUUCAAAAUCGAAACAGGCCGCAGAGCAAAAACAAGAUGCUAUAGAUGGAACAACGGAAAAGAAGAGUAUUAAGCAAAAGCAAGACGUCGUCCAAAAAGAUAUGGGAAAGGAAGAAGAGGACAGUAAAGAGAAGCCUGCAGAAAGGAAACAAGAAGAAAAGAAAAGUAGCGAGCAAAGAGAGACUGAAGAGAAGGAAAAGGUCCCACAGGUUAAGAAACGCGGUAGCAAAAAGAAAGAGGUGUCUGAAUCAAAGGAAAUAGCAGACAGUCAGAAAACAGCUAAAUUAGAGGCGAAAAAAAAUAGUGGAGAAUCUGAAGGAAAACCAGGCGAACGUGAACCGGGAGUAGAAGAAGCGAAAAAGAAAAAAGAGGAUGCGAAACGAGAAAGUAAAGUGGCCGAAACUUUCGUGUCUAAAGGUACCGGGGAGGAAAGUGGAAAGGUUGAUGGUGAAGAAAGAACGAAGAAACGGGAAAGAGAAACUAGCGAAAAAUUAGUUGAUGAUAAAGCAACUGAAAAGAAGUCUGAGAUCAAAGAACAGGUAGCAAAACUGUCAGGGAGGGAAGUUAAAGAGGUAAAGGAAGUAAGUGGUAAGGAAAGGAAGGACACAAGUGAAACUGAAAAUGAAGGUAAGGUAAGAAAAAGAAGAUCAGUUAAAGGUAAGGUGGAGAGGAAAGAUGAAGAAGAGCCAGUGAGCGACACUGGUAUCACAAAGGGAGAGGACUCAGUGGCAGACAGCAAGUCGUACUCAACCGAAAAAAUGAGCGACAGGGUGUUGGCGAGAAAAGAGGGUGUUGCCGACGAAUCCGACGUCUCCUCUAGGAGGAGAGAGGUUGCGGCGGACAGGGCCCGUUCUGAAGAAGUCGAGGAUUCGGACACGCUUAGCGGGCCCGGGGCAACCCUGCUCCCGGAAGACUCUGACAUCUCCCUGGAGGAGCCGUCCUCACGCUGGCAGCGCCGACGUCCCUGGAGAACCGAAGAUCGGUCCAGGUCCUCCGACAGCAGCGCCACCAUCACCUCCAGCAGCGGUCGCCGCCCCAGGCUCGACAUGCUGAGCAGCUCGGCGAGCAAGCCGCAGUUCGUGACGCGGCUGCGCGAGCGCUCUGCGGCGGCGGGCUCGCGGCUGCGGCUGGUGUGCUGCGCGCUGGGCUCGCCGGCGCCCGCCUUCCGCUGGCUCAAGGACGGCCGCGAGCUGCCGGCGGGCGAGCGCCGCCGCUACCGCACCGCCUGCGACCACUCCGGCCUCGCCACCCUCGAGAUCUUCAGCGCCGCGCCCGAGGACGCGGGCACCUACUCGUGCGAGGCGUCCAACGAGGCCGGCUGGGCCUCCACCAGCGCCGAGCUGCGAGUCACCGACCACCUGCAGCCGACGCCCGCGCCGCCCACCUUCACCAGGGCCAUCCGCGACUCGUACCGCUCCAGCGAGGACGAGCUGGUGCUGGAGUGCCGGGUUCGCGGCUCGCCCGCCCCCGCCGUCAGCUGGCUCAAGGACGGCCGGCCGCUGCCGCUGGCGGGGUCGGGCGCCGCCGACGCGGACGUCGACGGCCGCUUCUCCGCCAGCGAGCUGGCCGACGGCGUGUGCCGGCUGGUGGUGCGCGCGCCCUCCGCCCACGCCGACAGCGGCGUCUACACCUGCGUCGCCCGCAACGAGCUCGCCGAGGAGCGCGUCUCCGCCAACGUCGCCUUCCCAGGUCGUGACCAGUGGCCGGAGGGACCUGCAGACUUCCGAAGACCUUAUUUUACUAGUGCGCUAUCCGACCACUACGUCUCCAGCGGCGCCACCAUCGCACUACAGGUCCAGAUCGCUGGCUCGCCGCAGCCGGCGGUGUCGUGGACGCUGGACGGGCACCCGCUGCGGCCGCCGCUGGCGCGCAGCUGGGAGGAGUCGGGCGUGCACACGCUGCUGCUGAGCGGCGCCGCGACGCCCCGCGACGCCGGCGUCUACCGCUGCCGCGCGCACAACGCCUGGGGCGUCGCCGAGUCGGCGGCGCGCGUCAUGGUGGCGGAGGCGGCGCGCGGCGUGCGGCCGGCGCUCUUCAUCACCCGGCCGGACUCCGACGUGAGCGCCGCCGUCGGCGAGGACGUCAGCGUCUCCUUCCGCGUCACCGGCGAGCCCAGGCCGCAAGUGACGUGGUCGCACGGUCUGCGCGACGUCACGCACAGCGCUCGCACCCUCAAGGAGACGAGCGACGACUACGUCCGCCUGACGCUGAAGCGCGCGCGGCCCUGCGACGCCGGCACGUACUGCGUGCUGGCGCGCAACGUCUACGGCUGCGACCGCGCCUUCUUCACGCUCAAGGUGCGACAGAGAGCCCGUUCUUUGACACCAGGAGCAGAGUCACGUUUGCGAGACACCACCGAAGAGAUCCUCAGGGACAUCAGGGAUUCUGAGGAGAGAGAAAGGCGGAAAGAUGUGCCGGUGGCGAUCUCGGCGGAGCCGGUGGUGUCUGACCAGGGCCGCAACUGGCUGACGCUGACAUGGCCCAAGGGCGAGGCGCGCGGCGGCGUCCCAGUGCUGGCCUACCGAGUGGAGGCGUGGCAGCUGGGAGGCGACGCCGCCGGCUGGACAGAGCUGGGCGUCUCGCCGAUCAACAGCUACGACGCGUUCAACCUGAAGCCCGGCGCCGAGUACAGGUUCCGCGUGACGCCGCGCAACCGCUACGGCUGGGGUGAGUCGGUGGCCACCAGCUCCCCCGUCACCGUGGGCCGGCCGCGGGAGCUGCCAGAGUUCGUCGCCAUCCUGCCGGGCCAGCUGAAGGCGCUCGCCGGCUCCGACAUCACGCUGGAGUGCCAGGUGCGGGGAGAGCCGGCGCCCGAGGUACGCUGGUACCGCGACGGCGGCGAGCUGGAGGAGGACCCGCCGCGGCUGACGCUCCAGCAGGAGGGCGGCCGCUGCCGGCUGGUGCUGCGCGCCGCCGCGGAGGCGGACGCCGGCCGCUACAUGUGCGACGCCGCCAACAGCGUCGGCCGCGUCUCCACGUUCGCCCGCCUGCAGGUCGUUCACGACCCCAGCCUGCUCGAGGCCGACUCCAAGCUCAAGAGGGAGGCGGCGGAGGCGGGCGAGGGCGUGGAGGCGGCGCCGCAGUUCACGAUGCGGCUGCGCGACCGGCGUGUGCAGGUGACCUACCCGGUGCGGAUGACCUGCCAGGUGGCCGGCUGGCCCGCCCCCACCGUCACCUGGACCAAGGACGGCGCCGACGUCACGGCCGACGACCGUCGCUCCAUGACGAGCGACGAGGCCAGCUUCCACACGCUGGAGCUGUCGCACGCGGCGCUGGAGGACUCUGGCGAGUACUGCGCGACGGCGCGCAACGCGCACGGCGCCGUCUCCUGCCGCGCCACGCUCGUCGUCGACAAGGGCAUCCGCGCCUACGUCGCGCCCGACUUCGUCUUCGAGCUGGAGCCCGCAGCCGCCGCCGUCCCCGAGGGCGGAGAGCUGCGCCUGCGCGCGCAGGUCGAGGCCUACCCCGCCGUCGGCGUCAUGUGGCACCGCGACGGGGUGCGCCUGCGGCCGAGCCGGCGCGCCGUCAUGACGCUGGACCACGACGGCGCCGUGCAGCUGUCGCUGGGCGGCGUGACGCGCCGCGACGCCGGCGUCUACACGUGCACCGCCACCAACGCCGUGGGCCGCGCAGAGACCAGCGCCACCGUCACCGUGCUGCCCGCCGACGCCGACGCCGCCCCCGCCACCGACGACGACGCCACCACCGACUCCGUGCAGCGGACGCCGCAGCUGCUCACGCCGGACGUACCGUACUCCCAGGAGCCGAUGUUCCUGACGAAGCCGCGCUCGACCGAGGCCCGCGAGGGCGACACCGUAGUCAUCCAGUGCGAGGUGGUGGGCGACCCCAAGCCCGACGUCUUCUGGCUGCGAGACUUCCUCAAGCCCGACUACUACCGAGACGCGGCGCACUUCCGCCGCCAGGGUGACGGCCCGUGCUACCAGCUGGAGAUCCCGCACGCCAAGCUAGACUUCACCGGCGCCUACUCCGUCGUCGCCCGCAACUGCCAUGGGGAGGCCAAGGCCGUGAUCUCGCUGCAGAUCUACGCCAAAGGCCAGGGCAAGGAGGACGGCAUGGAGCCGAGCAGCGUCACGUACGGCCGCGUGCAGACGCUGCCGUGCGUGCGGCGCGCGCUCGCCGACCGCCGCUGCUGCGACGGCGACGCCGUGACGCUGGAGUGCCGCGUGUCCGCCACGCCGCUGCCCGACGUCCGCUGGGAGAAGGACGGCCGGCUGAUCCCGCUGGGCGGCGACUUCGUGGCGGAGGUGGAGGGCGAGACGGCGCGGCUGAGCAUCGCGCACGUCUUCCCCGAGGACGAGGGCCAGUAUACGUGUGUCGCCUCCAACGCGCUCGGCUCCGCGCGGACCUCCGCGUGUCUGCUCGUCGACGUGCCGGAGGAGAAGGAGACGCUGCUGUCGAGGCAGCUGUCGCGGCCGCCGGCGCUGCUGUCCGCGGGUUCGACUCCCCGCUCCACGCCCAGGACCACGCCCACCAGGAGCCAGUCGCCGACCGUCUCACGCAGCGCGCGCGACGCCACGACGCCGGAGCGGCGGCCGGCGACGCCGUCGGGCCGGCGGGCGCGCGCCGCGGCGCCGCCGCGCUUCUACGCCGUGCCGCACAACCGCGUGGCCGAGGAGGGCGAGACGGUGCGGCUGCAGUGCGCGUGCGCCGGCCACCCGCAGCCCUGGACCACGUGGCACAAGGACGGCCGCGAGCUGGCCCACUCGGCGCGCGUGCGCGUCUCCGAGCGCGACGACCUGCGCCUGCUGGAGAUCCGCGAGGUGACGCGCGAGGACGCCGGCCUCUACCGCGUCACGCUGGAGAACGCGCUCGGCCGCGUCCAGGCCUCGGCGCGCAUCGACGUCAUCGAGCGCCGCGGCCGCAGCAGCACGGGCGUGCGCGCGUGGAGCGCGUCGCCGCGCACGUCGCCCACACCGGGCCGCCGCCUGGGUCCGGCGCCGCAGCUUUUAUAG